AUGAUUGAAAUCCCCUAUACAAAUUCAUGUCGAAAAUUUGAGAAACGAUUGAAUAAUCAACGAUUCUCUAUGACUAGUAGCAUUAGUAGUAAUAGUUUACAUCGAUUCGAUCAUCAUCAACCACAGUACAUCACCAAUCAUUCACAAAAGCAUUCAUCACUGUAUCCUUUUUCACAAUCAGCACAUCCCCAGUAUCAUUCCAAUCGACGUAACAUGCGCUUGUCAAUGCUACCAACCUCAUCAUCAUUGUUCAAUUCAGAUAAUUAUUAUUUUAAUUCCAAACAGAAUCGUCAUCGACGUUUAGCGGUAGAACAAGAAGAAGAAGGAGAAGAAGAAGAACACCACCACCGACAAAAACUGAACGACAUCAACGAUGACGACGGCGGUGAUGAUGAUGAAGAUGACGACGAUGAGGAUGAGGAUGACGAUGAUGAAUAUUAUCUAAUUGAUAAUAUUCCAUUGAUUGGUAGUACUUCAUUGCACAGUGAUGAUUCAACUUUACUUCUAUCACAUCCAUCUUGUUAUUAUGAAGAAUCACUGAUCAAAAAUAGUACUGCUAAUAAUAAUAAUAGUAAUAAUGUUUUGUGUGCUGAGAAUAAUUCAUAUUUUCAAAAGUUUCCGCCAUCCACAUCAUCAUCAUCAUCACUACAGUCUAAUAAACGAAUGCCUUUGUCGGAAAUUCAAUCUAUUCAAAAAUGA